AUGGUUCUCACAAGAGGGACACAAGACGAGCAGAGUCAGAUGAUGGAGCAGAGGGAGGAGAGAGCAUGUGAUGUUAACUUCAAGAGCUAUGGUAAGCUGCAUCCUAAUCAGCCCUUUUACAUCCUCAAGCCCCAGAUGCCUUGGGAGCUGUGGGACAUCAUUCAAGAAAUCUCCUCAGAGCUGAUCCAGCCAAACCCCCCAUCCUCUGGGAUGCUUGGCAUUGCCAUUAUGAUGUCACUGUGUGACCAGGUGGAUAUUUCUGAGUUCCUCCCAUCCAAGCGCAAGACUGACGUGGGCUACUACUAUCAGAGGUAUUUCCACAGUGCCUGCACAAUGGGCGCCUACCACCCACUCCUCUUUGAGAAGACAUUGGUGAAGCACCUCAACCUCGGCACGGACGAGGACAUCUACCUGCUUGGAAAAGCCACGCUGCCUGGCUUCCGGACAAUUCGCUGUGGAGCAUAAGCUCCCCAGCCAGGCCCCCUCACCCUUCCCCACUGGCAUUUUACAGCCAGUCUUCUGGCCACUCCGGGCCUGGGAAGGAAGACUGUGUUCCUGAAUAAUCACAGCCCACACUUCAGGCAGCAAGAGCCCUGGGGCUUCAGAAACGCAAGGGCAGGGCCCCCAGCCCAGCCUGCCCUGUUGUCACGGGGGUGUGUGAACCCAGAGCCUCCUGUC